CGUGUUUCUUUCUUGUAGAUUUAGGGGAAUCCUUUUAAAUACAACUUUGAUUGUUUUGAGUAUUCAUUCAUUAACUUAUUGCAAAAGAUUUCUCCCUAAUUCGAUCAAUCAAUCAAUCAAUGGAGUCGCCGCCAGAAUCGGAACUUCUCACCAUGCGUCAAAUCCGAAACCGCCGCCUCCGUGAGGGUUGGUCCACUUCCUCCCAGAAGAAGAAACGCACCAAAACCACCACGCACAACGGCGGCGGAGCAACUGACCUCCACAUUGAUGAGUCCAACAGCGGCGGCGCAAUGGCCGACGUCUCCUUGUCACUGGCGAGCCACGUCAUCACCGCCUACGCCAAAGACAAAAACCUCGUAAUCUCGCCGCUAUCGAUCAACGUCGUAUUGGGCAUGGUUGCUGCCGGGUCGAAUGACCCGACCCGGGACCAGAUUCUGGGCUUUCUCAAAUCCAAGUCCAUCGAAGAAAUCAAUUCAUUCUCGUCAAAGCUCGCCACUCACGUGUUCGCCGACGGAGAGCCGCUCGGUGGGCCCCGUUUGUCCACCGCCAACGGCGUCUGGAUUGACCAGAGCCUCCGCCUAAAGCCCGCUUUCAAAGAAACUGUCGAGAAUUCUUACAAGGCUGCUUCUAAUCAUGUCGAUUUUCAGACUAAGGCUGAUGAGGUGAGAGAAGAAGUGAAUGCAUGGGCCGAAAAGGAAACAAAUGGCCUCAUCAAAGAUUUACUCCAACCCGGUUCAGUCGAUGCUUUUACUCGGCUUAUCUUCGCUAAUGCGGUGUAUUUCAAAGGAGCUUGGAUUCAAGAAUUUAAAGCAUCUUCGACUAGAGAUCAUAAUUUUUUUCUCUUAAACGGAAGUUCCGUUAAAGCACCAUUCAUGAAAAGCUCGGAGGAGCAAUACAUUAGUGAAUUUGAUGGUUUUAAAGUAUUGAGGUUACGAUAUAAACAAGGUAAAGAUUAUACGCGUACGUUCUCAAUGUAUUUCUUUCUUCCGGAUGCCAAAGAUGGGCUGACGGAUUUGCUGGAAAAAUUCGGCUCCGAAUCCGGAUUCAUCGAAAACCACAUCCCGGAUGAAUUAGUGGAGGUGGGCAAAUUUCGAAUCCCGAAAUUCAAAAUAGGGUUUAGUUUUGGGGUUGGGGAAGUUAUUAAGGCACUUGGGGUGGUGCUUCCUUUCCGUGAGGGUAAUUUGACGGAGAUGGUUGACUCUGAUAUUGACGGGAAGGAACUGCGUGUGUCCGGGAUAAUACACAAGGCAUUCAUCGAAGUGAACGAGCGAGGGACGGAAGCUGCAGCUGCCACAGCUAUCGACUAUGAAGGUUGUUGUGGUCCUUCGGAAUGUGAGAAGAUAUAUGAUUUUGUGGCUGACCAUCCUUUCAUGUUUGUUAUAAGAGAAGAUACGAGUGGGGUGGUGCUCUUCGUCGGCCAACUACUUGAUCCACUUGCUAAUAGUUAAUAUGCGCUAAGUUAGUUAGAAUGUUGUUCGUAAGCGUCCGGUUUCAGUUACGUGAAUUUUUUUUUUUAGAUUUUUUAUUUAUUUAAAAAGACGAUAUU